AUGUCAGCCGUAGAGCUGCUCAACACCUCCGCUCAUGGUCCCUUGAGUCCAAGCCAUUCUUACACCAGAGAGCUAAUCUGUGCUUCCCGCUUAUGGCAGGACUACACCGAACCCAUAGAGUUCGCUAUAUGGAUGGCAUCCUCAGAAGUAGACCAAAAGUUUCUUGGUCACUUUGCUACCCAAACCAGCGAAACAAACCCGUUCCUCUCGGGCAUGCUAUAUAAGAUCCUGGGGCUUUCGGCCAUAUUAUCCAAAAAGCUGCUCCGUGCUCGAAAAUUGCGGCGGUUGGAUCCUACGAGAGAAACAAAAUCGUUUCAAUUAUACCAUCAUAUCCUAUGGCUCUCGAGGGAAGGACUGAUUAUUGUGGAGCAAUAUGUGCAUCCUAUGGUUGCAGAUUAUGUGGAGCUGCGCGUCCUAGCGUAUAAGUUGCAAGCAUCUUUUUACCACAUAUUUGUGCUCUUCCACAACCAGCCGCGUGUGUACCACCGAGGUAUCCAGGCUCUACCUGGUUCCGCUUCAUUUGUCGAUAUCGUCAAUUCAACUGCUGCCACUGAUGGACAAAAGGCGGGGAAUGCGCCAGAGUCGUCCACGAAACCGGCCUCAGCGUCUUCUCAUCCAGCGGAGGGCGGUCCUGUUGGGGCUGGAGGCUAUCUACAACCUCCAGGGCUGGAAGCACCAGCGCAGCCCAAAUUCGCAGCUUCUUUCAUUCUACCGGCGAUUGACUACACCCCACGAGCAACAGAAUGCUUCACCUAUGUAGCUGCUCUAGCAGAUCAGCUCCUGCCAGGUUCCCAUCCGAUCCGUCUGUCAGUCAAGCUUGAGUACGCUGCAUAUCUAUAUGACUGUCUGAAUGAUUCAAAAGCAUGCAGGCGCCUGGCCAAACAAGCCAUUGCAGACGUCUACAAUGCACAGGAGGGCAUGGACGAUGAAAGCUUCGAAGAUGCAGCGGAACUCGUCAGCGUGCUCGGCAAAAUGGUCAAACGAGGAGGCAAAACUACCAGCAGUACCGGCGGAAGCAGCAAUGGCGGAGCUGGAGCGGGAGAUAAAGCGUUCAGUGAUGCUAGCCAAGGUACACCUGCGGAGGCGGGGACUACACCGAAAAGCAGCCAUCAACAGUCCAAACAGCAGCAGCCUUCGUCGCCCCAGCGGGCAAUACCGACUACCGGAGGAACACCUUCGAACAUCCCAGCAGAAACUGGUCUUGGCCUAGCCAUUUCCCCUACCACCAUGGCCAAUCCGGUAUAA